AUGCUUGCAUGUAUGGAUACAGCGACGACAACGGAGCUCAACAGUACUUUGAAAUAUUAAUUGCUUCCAGGUUGUUAUUGCCGACGCACGGCGACUCUGCCACUAAUGCACAUUGAUUCAUCGCACUGUGACGCAAUUCUCUCCCUUCUAGACUGUUCUUCCUUAGUUCUUAAUUAAUUAAUAUCACUAACUCUCUGCUCGACGCUGCCUAUAAAUACUGCCCUCCCCAAACUGGCCUCUCAUCCCCGGCCAUUCUUAAUUCUGAUAAAUAUAGUUUUUAGCUUCCGUUGAGAGAUUGUAUUGCAGUAGUGUUUGGUGAGCAGGAAAAUGAAUUCCAAGGUUCUAGCUUUGCUGGGUCUUCUGCUUGCCGCUUUUCUUUUCUUUCCUUCCUCGGAUGUGGCAGCUGCUGCAGAGACUGCUCCUGCAGACGUGAAAAAAUCUGAUGUAGCCGAGGGAACAAACCAGGUCGAUGACAUAAAGGGGGCUUGGGGCUGUCGUUUUGGCUGCUGCUCUACUGUAGACAAAAAUGGAAAAUGCAGGAGGUGCUGUCACCCAAGUGAAGCUGCAGAAAGCAAAGCGAACGUAGCAGAGGAAACGAACCAGGUGGAUGAUGUAAAGGGGGCUUGGGGCUGUCGUUUUGGCUGCUGCUCUACUGUAGACAAAAAUGGAAAAUGCACGAGAUGCUGCCACCCUAGUGAAACUACAGAGACCAAAGCGAACGUAGCAGAGGAAACGAACCAGGUGGACGAUAUAAAGGGGGCUUGGGGCUGUCGUUUUGGCUGCUGCUCUACUGUAGACAAAAAUGGAAAAUGCACGAGAUGCUGCCACCCUAGUGAAACUACAGAGACCAAAGCGAACGUAGCUGAGGAAACGAACCAGGUGGACGAUAUAAAGGGGGCUUGGGGCUGUCGUUUUGGCUGCUGCUCUACUGUAGACAAAAAUGGAAAAUGCAGGAGAUGCUGCCACCCUAGUGAAACUACGGAGACCAAUGUAGUGGAAGUAGGAGAAACAAAUCGGGAGGCAGAAGAUGCAGAGCAACAAGCUGGAGGACAAAGAUGUAGAUAUGGGUGUUGUGGUUGGGAUAAACACGGCUGCAAUCGAUGCUGCCGCGGACCACCCGAAGUUUCCCAAAGUCAAAUAGAAGAACCAGGCCAAAAUAACCCCGACCAGGUUAAUCGAAGGUGUCAAUACGGUUGUUGUGGUUGGGGCCGAUACGGUUGCGUACGGUGCUGCCGCCCUAAAAGCCCCCCUCAAGCACAAGGUGAGGCGACUACUGAGGCCAAGCCUGAGAACUAGAGCUUGUGUGCAUGCAUCUACGUGCAUGCAUGCAUGUGCGAAUAAUCUAUGCCUAUGUAUACGAUACGAGAAAUAAGAUAUAUGUGUGGGUUUAUAUAUAUGCUGAUAAUUACCCACUCAUAACUUAGGGUUAAAUCCCUAAGGUUGGCUACCUUGUAUAAUGAUCCUAGUAGAUCUCUAUACUUGUAAUAAGUUCUGCAACAUGGGAGUUCAUUCCAACAAUAAAUAAUGUCAGCCAGUUUCUUCAGUUAAUCAAAUAUUUUACUUCAAGGUUAAAA